CCGACACAAGUCGCCAAGUACACAAAGCGGGUUCAGUGCUAGUCAAUUGGGGCAGUGCAUUCUCUUCUAAACGAUCGUGUUUAUACCCGUGUUUAGUGUUUGUGGAGUGUGUGAUUGUUGUUUCGUGUCAUGGCAUAAGGAAAUAUUUUGAUUGCAAGCUGUGCUGCUAUCUCGACUCGACACUGUGUGCCGUCUGAUGGUGGGCUUGUAGAUGAAUGAUGAGGAACUGGAGGGGAUUUGUAAGGAAGCGGCCGGUCCUAAAGGAGGUACCAUCCCGGCAUAUCCGUGGAGCGACUGAGGAAAGAUACGGUUGUGCAAGGUCAAUGGAAUAGUCGGUGCAGUUUUCUUUCAUCAUCAACCAGCGCGUAACAGGAAUACGAGUACAUAAUCCGACUUAGAAAUUCACUUAUCAUCUUUAAGGGCGACAUGUCUCCACCAGAUGUCUCCGCAGUUCACGCGUCCAGGUGAUGCACUUUCCCGUGAGCACACCCCCUGCGCUGUAUGCGGGAGGGUGAAGACGGCAUGGCGCUGGAGCUGGAACCUAGUGAGGAGGCUCAGGGUCUGCUGGCGCCCCCGACGAGCCUCCCUCUUAUCCGCCCCAGUCCCUCUAGCUCGAGCAGUAGACAACAUCUGAGCGUCACCAUAUUGGAGCUGUCUUCGAAUCCCGGGGCAGGGAACUAUGGCUUAGAGAAUGAUCCAGACAAGCUCUCCUUCGUGUCUAAUUUGUCCCCAGGGGGGCUGGAGCCCCCAAUUGUCAUGACACCGGGCGGCAUCUCCCCAGAGCGAAGAGAGAGCAACAACAGCACACGUAGUAACCGGAGCUAUGCCACCGGUGGAAUGGGUCAGCAGCAGCAGAGCAGAAGCAGCGGGAGUGACGUCAUAUUGGCUGAUAACAACAGCGACACGUUUGGUCCGGGAGGUUUGGACCCGCGGUCCUUGCUCCAGGAGAGGGGCAACUGGGAAACUCGUUACCUCAUGAAGGAGCAUCGCCGUGCGGGCAAGGCGACAUUCCAGGGACAAGUGUACAACUUCCUGGAGCGUCCGACAGGCUGGAAAUGUUUUAUGUAUCACAUCUCUGUGUUCAUGCUGGUGCUGGUGUGUCUCAUCUUCAGUGUCCUGUCCACCAUCGAGCAGUACUCCGACUUCGCCAAUGAGACGCUCUUCUGGAUGGAAAUAUGUUUGGUUGUGUUCUUCGGUGUAGAGUACUUGGUUCGACUCUGGUCUGCGGGCUGCCGAUCCAAAUACAUGGGUAUCUGCGGUCGACUGAGGUUCAUCAGAAAACCGAUAUGUAUAAUAGAUCUAAUAGUGGUGGUGGCUUCCAUUGUGGUACUGUCUGUGGGUUCCAAUGGACAAGUGUUCGCAACGUCAGCCAUUAGGGGAAUUCGCUUCCUGCAGAUUCUGCGCAUGCUCCAUGUAGACCGUCAAGGUGGAACAUGGCGUCUCCUAGGCUCCGUUGUUUUCAUUCACAGACAGGAACUCAUUACAACGCUGUAUAUUGGUUUCCUGGGGCUCAUCUUUAGCAGCUAUUUCGUGUACCUGGCGGAGAAGGAUGAUAACGGAAAGACUGACUUUGCCAGCUACGCUGAUGCACUGUGGUGGGGAGUGAUCACAGUGACAACCAUUGGCUACGGAGACACUGUACCCAAAACGUGGAUGGGAAAAAUUGUGGCUUCAUGUUUCAGUGUGUUUGCCAUCUCUUUCUUUGCUCUGCCUGCCGGCAUCCUGGGCUCAGGAUUUGCCCUUAAAGUACAACAAAAACAACGACAGAAACACUUCAAUCGUCAAAUUCCAGCUGCAGCGAUGUUGAUACAGUGCCUAUGGCGAUGUUAUGCUGCAGACAAAUCAUUCAAUAGUAUCGCCACAUGGAAAAUUUAUAUAAAAGAUGUAAAUCAACAAAACCAGAACACAUCCACACCCUUGGGCAAGUCUCUCAUUAUCCAGGUUGCAAAGAAGGCGAGUGUUUUGAAGAGACGGAAAUCAAAAAACCGAAUGGAAGUGCCUAGCAAUGCAUUGGAAGGGAGUAGUAAUUCAAACCGACGGGAAAGUGAAGGAGAUGUCGUGUUCUAUAUUGAGGAGCCUAAAGGAGGGACACCAAAUCGUGUAAGAAGAGAAGGCCGUGGGUCAUUGUUUACUAGCCAAACAAGUAGCGUCACUGAAGCAGCAUCUGACGAAAUUGACAUCGAUAUAGAAGAACCUCAAAGAGUCACAUCCUGUUUAAUUUGGCGCAGGCUGACAGAAGCGCACCGAAAUGCAAUCCGAGCGAUACGGAAGAUAAAAUACUUUGUUGCACGUCGAAAGUUCCAGCAAGCACGUAAACCUUAUGAUGUACGAGACGUUAUUGAACAGUACAGUCAAGGCCAUCUGAAUAUGAUGGUCAGGAUAAAGGAGCUCCAGAGACGAUUGGACCAAACGCUGGGAAAACCAGGUAGCUAUUUGGCAGGUAUUGAUCGAGCUGGGAAUGUAAAGCCUAUGACAAUUGGAGCCCGGUUGUAUCGAGUCGAGCAACAGUUGUCCAUAAUGGACAAGAAACUAGACCAGCUUGUACAUGUGCUGAAUGCUGUAGCGCAGAAGCAGCAGAUACCUAUCCGAGCAGUGGAAGAUGAAGUCUAGCGCAUAAGAUAGCAGCAGUCCACAAUGAUCUGGUAGUACUGCAGGUGAAGAUCCUGGGCCAGUGUUGUUCUCUGCUAUGUGGAUUGCUAAGUUAUUUGCUUCUACAGCCACUUGGAUCAUUAAACAGCUCUCAUGAAGCCAGCAGAAUUUUUAUCCUGUCUCAUAUUUCAAUAUUGCACUUGUAUUUCCCAACACUUACAGGUAAUUAUUCCAUGCCUAGCUAGUGGUUUUCUGGACUUUGUAUUUUUAAAACAGGGAAAUAGUGUAGUUAUGUCAGAGGAAUAGAAUGUACUGUGUAUAACACUUUGACACGAAAGGAUAUGAAAAACCAAUGCUGAAGUGUGUAAUUCGGAAUUGGAGUAUACAUUCGUUGAAAGCUUUGCCAAUUAAUUUAGCCAAUAAGAAUCAUAUUCUUAUUCCAGUAGUGUUCAGUUAACAUCAUGGAUAAAAUGUGUAAUCUGUGAACGUAAUUAAAAGACUGUUAUUUUGCAGACUCAAGGAUAGCUUCUUAUGGUUGGCUGAAGGGCACAAAAUUUUUAUCUACAUGACAGAAGUUUGUGAUACAUUAUGAGGAACUCUGAAACAAAUCAAUACUUUAAUAAAUGUUUAAAGGCAGCACUUGUUAUUAAGAAAAAAAUACUAUUGUGGAAGAUAUCAGAUAGGAUAGUUGCUGUCCCAGCUGAGAUUCGAACUAAGUGCCUGAGAAUCCAGACAAGAUCAUUAAUGCUAUACCAACCCAUUUACAAUUCGAUUCCUUUCAUGUUACACAACCAGAAUCACCCAUACUUUGCCCAGUAUAUGGUUGCCUUCCAUCACAGUAUAAAAGCAGCUAAAGCUUUCAAGGAGGUAUGACACUUAAACCGAGAAAUUGAAAGUUUCCUGAUGCAAUUAAAAAGAACAGGGAGUAAAAAUUUAAAUUGGAUCCAAAGACUUCUACAACAGCACUGUUUGUUUUUAGUAUAUUCAAUAAUGCUGUUAGCAACUCAGGCUAGAUAGACAUCAUAGCCGAAACAUUGGUCUCUAUCCAUCAAACUACAUGUCACAUUCCAGAAAACUAUAAUGUUGAUAUUUAUCAUAGCAAAAAUUGUAAAUCUAAGAUUACAUUUUAAUGUCCCCCAUAAGAAACUGAUAAAUGUUUGAAUAUAUUAUUAUUUGGGUCACAGUAUUCUAGCUCCACAAUUAAAUAAACUUAUAUUUCUUUUGUUUCUGAGUUGUGAGCUUAAAUUUGAUUCUAUAUUAUGUGGUCAAAUAGAUUUUUUACAGAGUCACGUGCAGCACUAUGUUCUAUAAAAUAAAAGUUUAGAAGUCCAUCACUGCA